CGGCCGCGGGCUGGCUUCCGCUUCCGGGUGGCGAUUGUCUGUGGCGCGCUGUUGAAGCUGAGCGGUCGCCAUGGAGCUUUCCGGGGAGUACGUCGGUUGCGACGGGGAGCCGCGGCGGUUGCAGGUGUCCUGUGAGGCGUCGGGCGACGCGGACCCUCUCCGGAGCCUGUCGGCGGGCGUGGCCCGGAUGAAGGAGCUGGUAGCCGAGCUCUUCGGGUCCCUAGCGGAGGGAGACGCGCAGGGCGUGCCGGUAGAUCCCGACGACGCUUCGGACGGCUCCUGGACCUCGGCGAGUUAGAGACAAGCGCGCACAUCACUGUGAGUGGCGGUAGCGGCGCCGGGAGCGAAUUGGGACUUAAAUAAUCUGGGCACCAUGACGCUGAGCCUCUUGGAAGACGCAGGGGAAUGGAUAUGAACUCUCGGAAAGCGCUCUUGGUUGCCGGCAUCCCUCCGACCUGUGGAGCAGCAGAAGGCCCUGCAGGCUGGGCUGGCUCCCUUGGGGAAACAGACUUCAUGGGAGGAUGUUCAGAAGGGAUGAGAGCAAGAAUGUAGCCUUCAUAGCGCUUACAGUAGAGACCAGCAAGCUCUGGUCCCAAGGAGACACCUGGAAAAGGAGGUGUCUGGAGAGUGAUCUUUAAACCUCCUGAUGCAGAUAGUUUUUAUGGGGAGAGGGCAUGAGGGUGAGUGAUUGUGGGAAUCAAGAUAACCCUCUCAGUCUAGACCGGGGCAUGAUCCCUGAAAUGCAAACCCCCAGCUAGCACAGGCAUUAGGUGAAGCUCUCCAGCCCACCCUGCAUAAUCUAAGGUACAAAAAGCUGAAUGUGUUCUCAGGCAGGCAUCCUCCGGGACCAGAUGAAGAAGAAGUUGAAUUUCAGAUGUUUCAUACUUCCCAGGUAAUGAAAACGUGGCAGGUGUCGGAUGUAGAGAAAAGAAGGUGGUUGAUAGAGAGCCUUAGAGCCCAGCAUUUGAAAUUACUCGAGUCCUCAAGAUAAACAAUCCUUUCAUUACAGUUGCAGAAUGCCUGAAGACUCUUGAGGCAAUAUUUGGGAUUAUUGAUAAUCCUAGGGCAUUGCAGGUCAAAUACCUUACUACUGAAAAGCUGUCUGCAUAUGUUUUAAGGUUGGAGCCUUUAUUACAGAAGCUGAUAUAGAAAGGAGCAAUGGAGAAAGAAGUUGUGAACCAGGCCCGUCUCGACCAAGUCGUUGCUGGGGCAGACCGCAAGUCAGUUCAAAGAGAGCCUGGACUGCCAGAAGGUAGCCCAGCCCCAGGCUUGCUGCAGUUAAAAGAGAUAAGGAGGCAGCAGAGGAAGAGGUCCUUCAGGCCCAAUGGGAAGGGUAUUACACUUAAGACCAGCAAAGCUGUCAUCGUGAGCAGAACAUGAUGGAGGAACUCAAGGCAGCAAUCAGCCCAUAUCCACCUGGUGCUGCCAAAGUACCUUACCCUUUGUCGUGCUGUUCACCCUAGUGAAUGUCUCCCCGACAUAUUACUGACAUACACCAUGCCCUUCUACACUGAUAAUUAUUGAAACCAAAAGAUCAUUCUACUAGUGCAGUGUUCCAGUAGGCCAAAGUUUAUGGGCACAUUGCAUAGUCAUAUGUGACUGUUAUCAGUUAUCUGUACUUCUCAGGUGUUCCCCACUUUUGUGCUGAAAACCCUAAGGAGGGCUAUGACUAUAAACUUUCUGCAAUUAAAAAACACAGUUAACAUUUUCUUGGUGUCAUAAAACUGAAUAAAAGAAAUGCUAAUAAUAAAA